CAUGCUCAGUAAUGUUUAUUUAUUUCGUUUAAAGAAGCAGCCGCAAAGCCGUCUGAUUCGUAGAAGCCGGUACUGUAGCUGCAGAACUUCCUAGGCUAGGUCAGGGCUCUUCUCUUUCUCUGACGCCACCCCAACCGCUCUAUGGCAGCCCAGAAGAGACUGCAGGGUGUCGUGGCAGCCACUGUCACUCCAAUGACUCAGGAUGGGGAAAUCAACCUCUCUGUGAUUGGCCAAUAUGUGGACUACCUGAUAAAUGAGCAAGCUGUGAAGAAUGUCUUUGUAAAUGGAACUACAGGAGAAGGCCUGUCCCUGAGCGUUCAGGAGAGGAAGCAGCUGGCAGAAGAGUGGGUGACUAAGGGCAAAGAUAAACUAGAUUACGUGAUUAUUCAUGUUGGUGCACUCAGUUUACCAGAAGCAAAGGGACUGGCUAAGCAUGCAGCAGAAAUAGGAGCGGAUGGCAUAGCUGUCAUCGCCCCCUCUUUCUUCAAACAGGUGAAGAAAGAUGCUCUGGUUGCCUUCUUGCGGGAUGUUGCAUCUGAAGCCCCAGGCAUCCCAUUCUAUUAUUACCACAUCCCUCCCCUGACUGGUAUAAAAAUUAAUGCUGAAGAACUGCUAAAUGGGAUGAUAGAGCAGAUCCCCACCUUUAAGGGGGUGAAGUUCAGUGAUAAAGACCUCCUGGAUUUUGGGCAGUGUGUGAAGAAAAAUGAUAAAGGCCAGUUUGCACUUCUGUACGGUGUGGAUGAGCAACUCCUGGGUGCACUCGCUAUGGGAGCGACUGGGGCAGUUGGAAGCACCUAUAACUAUCUGGGCAAGGCAAAUAACUUAAUGCUGGAAGCUUUUGCCAAUGGAGACCUCUCCUUGGCACAAAAAUAUCAGUACUGUACCCAGGAAGUAAUCAGCUUUUUCAUGGCACAGGGCUUUGGCGUUGCAGAGACCAAAGCAAUCGUGACUCUGCUUUCAGGGAUACCCAUGGGUCCCCCACGACUUCCACUCUCAAGUGCCUCUGAGGAGUUCAUUGCCAACGUAAAACCCAAAUUGGAGAGCCUGAAGAACUGUUGCUACAGCUGACUUUAAGCUCCAAUGUGGGCAUAGGAACAUGGACCAUGCAACCUUGGUGAACAGGUCUCACUUGCAUACUUGAGACGCAUCCAUGAGGAAAUUGCUCAAAGACUCCUAACAGGGACUAUGCAUUGAUACCCUCUACAUACCUUGCCUGGAUGGAAAACAGUAGCUGCUUUGCUGCCUGGCAAGGAUAUGAUGCCUCUCCAAUAAGAAAAUAUACUCGAGUAUAAGACGACCCGAAUAUAAGCCGAGGCACCUAAUUUUACCCCCCAAAACUGGGAAAACUUAUUGACUUGAGGAUAAGCCGGUUCACCACCCCACAAACUGCUUUCAGGCUGCUCGUUCCUCCUCCGCCGACAGUGGCAAAGGAGGAAGAAGGAGAUCUGUAUACUAUCCCUUGCUUUUUCCUGUAGGCGUAAUUGCAGUCGUUAACAGUCGUCAACAGGUUUACCAUACCCAUUGAGUCAAUCACCUAUCUCCUACCACCCUUCUGAGAAAAACCCCACCCCACCCUCCCACUAUAUAUAAGGGUCUGGUGACUUCUGUUUCAGUGUAUCUGAAGAAGUGUGCAUGCACACGAACGCUUACACACAGAACAAACGUAGUUGGUCUCUAAGGUGCUACUGGACAAUUUUUAAAUUUAAUUUUUAAAUUUAUUUUGACUGCGUCAGACCGACACGGCUACCUACCUGAAUCUAUUUUUUAAAAGUCAUUCACACAAUUAGCCAUUGGGCAAAUUAUAUAUCUUGUGCACUUUGCAUGGGAAAAUAUCAAUACAGGUGUGCAAGCUUGGGGGCAAUGACCUCAUGAUUGGGGGCAAUGACCUCAUGGUUUAGACAAGCUGCUCCCACUCAUACAACUAAAGAUUUACUACAGCCUACACUAAACAGUCCAUGAAGCACAAGUUCAAGAUUAUUGGAAUGGUAAUGCCUCAAAACCUCUGUGGAGGCAAAGGAAAAAACACAACUUACUUUCUACUGAGGUUUUCAGCCUAAACAAUUGAGGCAAACUACAAAAAAUAGUCUGCACUGCCAAGGAGGACAUCACAAAUGUUACACAAUAAAUAAACUCAAAUUGGUCCACUAUGUUGGAGAGGCUGUAACCAAGCAGGAUCCUAUUACCACAUGUGUUAAUGCAAGUUUGUACAAACCUUCUGGAAAUACUUUUUACUGAGGUUUAUCGUUACAGGGCAGGCGCUACAACCUGAUCCUAAGCUCUUUAAAAAUUGUUUAUUGAUGACAAUAAGGAUUUAAUGUCCUAAGACCUACUAAUCUUGAUGAUCGCUGUUAGACAGCUAAUUACCCAACAUUGAAAGAUAGCUACCAUUCUGAAUUUUGAGGUGUGAUGGGGUAGGAUGCAGAAUGUAGUCCUAAUGGAAAAACAAAGAAACAAUUCAGAGCACUGUAGAAAACAAAAAGCUAGGAUAAAUUUGAAAGAGUUUGGUAUAUGUUUAUUCAACAUGUUGUGAAAGACAGCAUUACUGUGUUGCCACCAUCAACUCAUAGUACACUUCAAAAUAACUUGUUAAGAAGAUGUAUAAGAGAUACUUGAUCUGGAGAGAUUAAAAUGAACAGUGUGAAGUAUUUUAUAAACUUACCUGUAACUCACCUAAGUGGGAUGUAUUAACAUGCAUGGAAUGUCUAUGGGAGAAGGAAAGGGAUUUCUUUGUUAAAUUUACUUGCAAAACUGCAAAAAUAAAGUCUUUUUUUUUAAAAAAAAAGUGGUGGGCAAAAGGUUUCUUUCAUGGUAGAAUGCUCACAAGUCUUCUAAUUGAUAAAUGACUCUAAACGGGUUUUCAAAGAACUCCAUUAAUUAUAGUUCAGAAACUGCUGCUUGACACGAAUUGUAAUGGAAAAUGAAAGUGCCACAAUAAAUUUGUGUGGCCUGUUGGUGGUGAUGAGCAGCAGUUUUAGGACCAUGAAAGUAAAUUAUAAUUGUCCAGAACCUGCUAUAGUUCAUUGGUGAUGAAGGUGUAGUUGAUGAGCACUGCCCUGUCAGCCUCUCUUCUGAGCCUGUCUUGCAAUAAAUUACUCCCAGAUAACAAGUCUGGCCUUCUCAAUCUUGUCUGCCUCCCCCUGGUCACCCACCCUUCAUUAGGUAAGAAAUCAGUUAUAGAAAAUC